CUCUUUCUCUCCCUCUCUGUCUGUCUGUCUGUCUCUCUCUCUCUCUCUCUCUGUUUCUCUCUCUGUCUCUCUCCUCUCUCUCCCUCUCUCUUUCGCUCUCUCUCUCCGACAGGGAUAUUGAUCAAACCUGAACCAACUUGGCUCUCUAGCUUUGAACCAGAAAAGGCUUUGUUUUUCUUUUCUUAAUUCCAGUCUAUACCAGAAUCCCAGACCAUUCUCCCUUUCUAGUAAAGGAAGCCCCACCUCUCGUAGCCCCUGAUUCGCCCAACACUUUUUAAGCUAAUUUAUGCCAAUAUUUUGCUGAUCUUAUUGGUCACGCUGGCUCCAGUCCUCUCAGCAUCUGAUGCUACCUGUUUGGGGGCGUUUUUCCGUCCUCACACUCUCCCUUUCUCACUGGGGUACUGCUGAGAUGGUAAAAUAAGUAUUCUGUUUGGAGAUUAAACUAGCACCCUCAGAAAGAGAAGAACUAACUCAAUGGAUUCUUGGAAAAGUCCUUUUCUUUUUCCUUUAUUCCUAUGGAGUCACUGCGGAGGGGUGAGGCUCCUGCUCCUGUUGCUGAUUCUGCGUUUGGGGACUUGUGUGGACAAAGCUGAUGAUGAAGAUGAUGAGGAUUUAACAGUGAACAAAACUUGGGUAUUAGCACCAAAGAUACAUGAAGGUGAUGUCACACAUAUCCUGAACUCUUUACUUCAAGGCUAUGAUAACAAACUUAGACCUGAUAUAGGAGUGAGACCCACAAUAAUUGAAACUGAUGUUUAUGUUAACAGCAUUGGACCUGUUGAUCCAAUCAAUAUGGAAUAUACCAUAGAUAUAAUUUUUGCCCAAACUUGGUUUGAUAGUCGCUUAAGAUUUAAUAGCACAAUGAAAGUCUUGAUGCUUAAUAGCAACAUGGUUGGGAAAAUUUGGAUCCCUGAUACUUUCUUCAGAAACUCAAGAAAAUCAGAUGCUCAUUGGAUAACAACUCCCAACCGACUGCUUCGAAUAUGGAGUGAUGGAAGAGUUCUCUAUACCUUAAGGUUGACAAUUAAUGCUGAAUGCUAUCUUCAGCUACAUAACUUCCCUAUGGAUGAACAUUCCUGCCCACUGGAAUUUUCCAGCUAUGGCUACCCUAGAAAUGAAAUAGAAUACAAAUGGAAGAAAACCUCUGUGGAAGUAGCAGAUCCUAAAUAUUGGAGAUUGUACCAAUUUGCAUUUGUGGGGCUACGGAACUCAACAGAGAUCUCACAUACACUAUCUGGGGAUUAUAUCAUCAUGACAAUCUUUUUUGAUCUGAGUAGACGUAUGGGUUAUUUUACCAUUCAGACAUAUAUCCCGUGCAUAUUAACAGUCGUCCUUUCCUGGGUAUCAUUUUGGAUUAACAAAGAUGCAGUACCUGCAAGGACAUCAUUGGGUAUAACCACAGUGCUGACAAUGACAACACUAAGUACCAUUGCCAGGAAAUCCCUCCCUAAGGUUUCAUAUGUGACAGCUAUGGAUCUCUUUGUUUCUGUUUGCUUCAUUUUUGUUUUUGCCGCCCUGAUGGAAUAUGGAACCCUGCAUUAUUUCACUAGCAACAAAAAGGGGAAGAAGCCUAAAGAUAGGAAGUCCAAACAUAAGUCUGGGAAAUCACCUGCAGUUGCAGUCCGCCCUGGAUCUACAUUGAUUCCAAUGAAUAGCAUUUCUCAUCCUCGACAACGAGAUGAUGAUUAUGGAUAUCAAUGCUUGGAAGGCAAAGACUGUGCCAGCUUUUUCUGCUGUUUUGAAGAUUGCCGGACAGGAUCUUGGAGGGAAGGAAGAAUACACAUCCGUGUUGCCAAAAUUGACUCAUAUUCCCGUAUAUUUUUCCCAACAGCUUUUGCUCUGUUUAAUCUUGUUUAUUGGAUUGGCUACCUUUACUUAUAAAUCCCCACUGCUCCCAAAUAUUGACAAAGCCAAACUAAGCAUAGAUAUUGUUCACUGUAACUUAGUAGCAUGAAAUUUAUUUUUCACAAUGCUGAAAAACAAUGGUUACUUUGAACAUUCCAUCACUCUCUUUUUGAGACUUCUAGAGUUGUAGCAUUUAGACCAAAGUUAAUUAAGCACAUAUAAAUUGUUUUGACACUGUUAGCCCUUACUAACAAGAAUAUAAAGAUACUAUUUCUUUUACCUACAGUCACUUAAUUUUUUCUUUCUCUAAUUUCCAUAAACACAUUUUCAAAGAUAUAAGCACUCUCUUGUGUCUGAUGUUAUGCUGAAAUGUGUAUUUGCUGUGUUUGUCUAGAGAGUCAAAUUCUAGAAGAGGGAAAUGCUCAUUUUUUUUUUAUCCUAACCAUUUUUUUUUUCAGGUUGGAGGGGUUACUGUCCUAAACUUACUGAAUGUAUAUAUAAAAGUUUAAUUUUUUUAAGUUCAUAAGAUUUUAGUAUUUUUCUCUCAAAUAUACCCCUUCACUGAAAAAAAUAAUCUUUGUAACCAAUAUACAGUCAAACUAAAAUAAGUAUGUGAAUUUUGGGGGGGGGAGUGGGGUGAGGAGAGGGGUACAAUAAGGAUUUGAUUUGAUUUUUUCUUUUUAUAUCAUGUAUGUUGAUUUUUAAAAGGAUUUUAAGAAAACAAAACAAAAUAAGGUUAAUUUUCUCUUUAUCAUGGUCUGGAAGUAGACCUCUAUUCUUAAAGCCUAAGCCAGUUGAAAAUAAUCUCUGGGGCAGCUAGAUGGCGCAGUGGUAAAGCACCGACCCUGGAUUCAGGAGUACCUGAGUUCAAAUGCGGCCUCAGACACUUAACACUUACUAGCUGUGUGACCCUGGGCAAGUCACUUAACCCCAAUUGCCUCACUAAAAAAAAAAAAAAAAAAAGAAAAGAAAAAAGAAAAUAAUCUCUGCCAGGCUUUACCCAGCUCCAAGCUGGAAAAGUUUUGGAUACAGGCUUGGAGACAGACUAUUCUCUGAGCAUCAGCCUAAUGAGUUCAGAAAGACCCAUCAUCACUGGAUUGGCUUCUUAAUUAGGAUUAUUUUACAUACAUACAUACACACAUACAUGCACACACACAUAUAUACAUACACAUGUAUGUAUAUAUAUACACACAUAGACAUACAUAUAUGUUUAUAAAUAUAUAUUACAUAUAUGUAUAUAUAAUUCACCAAUUAGGUAAUGUGUCUAUAGUACUUUUGUAAAUUGUGAAACACUAUGUUUCCUCUUGUUACUAUUGAGGAAGUGGUUGAUUUUCAUUCACUAUAUGUGAUGGAAUCAAACUCUUCAUAAAGAGAACACAAGCCACUAAAGGCACAAUUCCUAACCUUCUAAAGAAUGAUACAAAAUUAUAACUUUGCCUUUGUAGAUCACAGAACAUUACACCCUUCUGACCUGACUACUCUCACAUUAUGCCUUCGGUGAUUUGGGAGCCUGGAAUAAAUCCACUGGAUGAUUUUUUUUUUACAAGCAAGUUGAAAUGCUGAGUCUAAAACCAUAACACCUUGCAAAAAAUAAAUAAAGAUGUGAACAUAAAAAUAUUACAAUGAGCUAACAGUGAAAAUAAAUGUAAAAAGGUAACAAAUAUCCUUUUUUCUUCCAUAAAUUUGCUGCUGAAUUUCAAAAUUAAGGAGCAAUGCUUUUAAUUUAUCAACUCUAUCUACUUGUUCAUUUGUUUCUUUGAUUUCUGAAAGCUGUAUACAAUAUUCUGGGUGAUGAUUAAAACAUCUUUUAUUUGUAUAUAUCAUUUAGUUUAUUUAAAAAAAACAUUUAUGUGCACUAUUAUAUUGUCACUAUCCCUUGUGUCCCAAAGGACACAUUACUAUCCUCAUUUAAUAAAUAAGAAAAUCAAGCCACAGAGGUGAUGGGUGAAUUGCUGACAAUUACUUAGGGAAGUGAUAGCUGAAUUAAUACUGGAGCCUAGUUUUUUUCUCAUUUCCAUACACCAUUUAUGAUGACAUUAUGAGAUAUUUAAUAUUAUAACCCUCAAGGGCUCCUUGUCUGACUCAGAACAGGGAAAUUUAGGAAGUGUUCUACUAAGUAUCAGUCUUUCUAAUUUUGCUUUAGUCUCUGCUUCAUCCUAAUCUCUCCAAUGUAUAAAUUAAGAGGAAAAAUUAGAAUAAUUGGCUGAAUCCAAUAAUAUCACAAUUUUGUCUAGCACUUAAGGUGGGUCUAGCCAGAAGUCCUUAGUAUCAUCAAGGAAUUUUUUGGAACUGGCAGAAUUUUUCAUUUAUAUAUUCCACAAAUAUUUAUUAAUUUCCUGUGAUGUUCAAGGCACCAUCCCUAGUGUAAAAACUUCACUGAUUGCACAUAUUGGAGGGGUUUUUGUUUUGUUUAGUUUUUUAUUACACCUUCAGUAGCCACCAUGGAUAAUGGUUUAAGUUACAUGGACUGGGACAGUGCUAUUUUUUGAUGUCUCAUGCUUUGGGGCCCAUUAUCUUGAUUUCUAUUGCAGGAGGCCCUUAAUGUAUUGGAUGUUACUGGAAGUGAUAUCAAAUCAAAGGGCUAUUCUGGAUUUCUGAGAUCACUGAUUUCCCAAUACAGUAGUGUCAUUGUUCCUUAAAUCUUCAAAGACAGAAUUCUUAAAAAUGGUGAACCCUAGUAAAAAACUAAUUCAAUGUUUUAUAAAGCAUAUUUGCUUUAAAAAUAAAUGAAUUGAUACUGAGACAAUAUUUUAAUUAUGGAUUACUUCAGUGUAGUUUUGAUGAUGGUAAAAUAUUAAAAAUUGUUAUUUCAAAUGAUUUUUAUAUUAUGUCCAUGUUGACCUAAAAUGAAUAGCUGGAAAAAAUUAGAUGCUUAAAAUGUGUUUUAAAUGAAUAGUCUAGGUAUGAUAAAAUUUGUACAAUUGUUUAAGAAUAAUUUUGUCUUUAAAUAGAGAAAGAUUUUUCCAUCAUGAUCUAAGCAGCCUAAGUCUAUAAAAAGCUGUCUGUGGAACUUGAAUUGAUUUUUCCUUCUAUAUAAAAAUUUCCCCUUAGCAAGCUUUCAGCCUCUUUCCAUUAACAUUAGUAUUCUGCUCAGAGUACUGUAUAGUAGAUGUCUAAUAAAAAGGUGGUAUUCUUGAUGGAAUGACCCAAAUUUUCUUUUCUUACCCUUUUAUAACUUCUUUAUUCAAAGAUAAAAUUGCUUCAUAUUGGGCCAAACGAAAGCAACUAGGAAGCAAGUGAUGUUAAGCUGCUCUUUUCCUAUUCUUCACUUCCAAAGAAGCAACUUGACAUUUUGUUGACUACUAUCAGAACAAUUCCAACUUUAUUGAAGAGCCAUAGAAAAACAGUUACCAAGUCAUUUGCAUGGUCUAAAAGUCUCUUCUAAAAAGAGUAUACAAAUAACUUUCUUUGAAUUACCAAAACAAAAUAAAAUAUGAUCUUGUCCCUGCAUUUGUUUUUACCUUUCUUUGGCUGGAUAUUCAAUUCAACUCAAUGGAUCUGAAGUACCUAUAAUGUAUGAAACAGAGAGGGAAUAUAGAAUCAUGAAUCUAAAUCUAUCUUCUAAGUCAGGAAGAUCAACGUUCAAGUACCCCUUCUAACAAGUACUGGUUGUGUGACCCUGCCAAAUCAUUUAACUUCUCAGUUUCCCUAGGUGACUCUCUAAGUGGCAGAAUAGACACUAAAGUAUGUUAAUAGUUAUAGCAUCACAUACCAAUGAAAUCAUAGGUUUAUUUUCUUAUUAAUGUAUGAGGAACUUUGCUAGCCACUGAGGAUGCAGAAACAAAUCAAUCCUUGCCCUCAAGGAGAUUUGAACACUGACUAGACCCUAAAACUCUGGGCCAUGGAAAUGAUUCUGACCUACAUAGGCCUUAUUUGAGAAUCCCCUGAAGCAAAGAAUCCACGGGUCCAACAUGGGACCUGAGAUUUGAACAGAGCAUCGAGUUCUGAGAUAGGUAACUUCUCUAUAACUAAUAAUCUUUGAGGGUAGCCUAUGAUACUGACAUAUUAAGUGACUUAGUUAAGGGCAUGCAGCUAGUGUAUGUCAGUGGCAGGAGUUGAACCCAGAUCUUUUCAGCUCCAUUUAAAUACAAAAUAAUUACAAUUUCACUGUGGAGGAGUAACUUGGAAAGACAGGCAAAGUCCCCUGUGGGAUGUAGUGCUUCGGUUGAACCUUAAAGGGAACUACUUGUUCUAAGGGCUAAUGGUGAGAUUAGAGGGGGACAGCAUUCCAGGCAUAGGAGGCAACCUAUGCAAAGGCCUGGAGAAAGGAAUUGUAAUAUUAUAAGCAAGGAAUUAUCAAGGAAGCCAGUUUGGCUAGAAAAUAGAGCAUGUAGAUUGGACAAGGUGAGGAAUGUAAAAUAAAAUUGGAAAAAUCAGCAGGGUCCAGAUUAUAGACUUUUAAGUGCUAACAAGUGGAAUUUGUCUGAAACUGCCCAUGAAAGAGUGAAGACAAAUGGUGCACUAAAAUAAGGUAUAAUGAAAGGUCUGAAUUACCUACUUAAAUAUUAUAUACACUUAUGUGGGAUUUCUCCUGUAAGAAAUCAUUUGUUAAGAUGAUCAAAGGAAAAAUGAGUAAAAUGAUAUUCUAAUGUAUUUUUGGAAUUUCAGUAAAAAUAAAAUUUAAUGGAAUUUUUCUCCAAUCUUAUUCAUUCCUGGUGUCUAACAACUACACUGGGGCAUAGAACCAGAGAAAGAAAAUCUUCUGAAGUGAAAUCAGGCUCAGAAGUCCCUUCCAGCUGUACAUCCAUUAUCCUAGGCUUUUACAAACGUAUACUCAUAUGCACUUGUCCCUCACUAAGUGAGGUGUUUCCUCAAAAGAGGGAAGCCCUGAAUUCCAAGGCAAGAGAUCCAGGGAAAUUGUUGUUGUUUGUCCUUCGUUCUCAAAGAGGACCAUGACAUUGGGGUGAUGUCAUGACUUACACUGAAUUGGAUUUAAAUAAAGGAGAGCUGUGCAAAAUCACCAGCCUCACUC